AUGAAAAUGAGGCAGCUCUUUCGUAUAUCAGUUGUUUUUGUGCUGGGUCAACUACUCUACAAAGCAGUAACUCAACAAUGCGGAUCCCAGGUAUCCAUCUUCGGCUGGAUGUUAAAGGGACACAUCUACAACACGAUGUGGGCAGAACUCCAGCAUAAAUGCGUACAAGUUUGUCGCGAAGACGAUCGAUGCCAAAGCUUUAACUGGGUGAUCUCUCUCCUCAAGCGCGAGUUUAGUAACAGAACCAAGGAAGCCAGACCUGAGGAUUUCAUUCCUGACCCAGACAGAUUUUACUACAAACGUGAUAGGAACAGAGGUAAAAAACUGUCUACAAUAAUUGUUUAUUAAUUGUUAUGAUGACUAAGUGGAGUCGAAGUAGCUAACCUCUGUAAUCAUUCGUGACGAGUGAUUAAACAAAGUUGGACGGCCGCGUACCGGCACAGGUAGCCCAAGCUCGAAAUACAAGCUUUGGCGAACAUCGGCCUUGUUGCGUGACAUUCGAAAUAUAAGGAUUUGUAUGGGAUAAAAACCUGUCGUUUCUGUAACCUACGAAAAUGAAAGGAUUUCAAAUAUAAAACAGCUUACCUUACUUAAAAUGUGUUACGUCUCUCUAGUGUGGUCCACGGGCCGAUUUAUGGCCGUUUUAUGGGUUUUUAUUUCUCUAGAGAGAAAACGGUUUACAUAAAAUAAUGUCAUUUGUAUUUUUUCUAAAAAGUAACCAAUACCAUGCAGCGCCCAUGAAUGGCAAGUACUGUCUUAGGGACGGACCACUUUUUUUUUUAACUUGGCGAGGGGGUGGGGGGGGAAGGGUUGGAAAAUUUGCACAUGCAAACAUUUUUUAUAUAUAUAUGCGACUCCACGUUGCAAACAUUUUUUGUGUGACUCCGUCUUCCUGCAGACACUUUAAGUUUUUACUUGCAUGCAAUUUAUUUCAAAAAUUUCCACCCCACCCCGAAUGGUCCGUCCCGAAUUACAUGGUCAUGAAGCAAUGAUUGUGCGUCCUUUUAAUCCUGAUAUCAGGGCAACCAAUCAGUUUGAAUUAGUUUUUAUCCGCCCUGCCGUGACUGAGCUUCCUACCCUGAAGUAUGUAGCAAACUAACUGUCAAAACCGACUGUAAAUCAAAUAAAAGACACGAUGAAUUGACUUCUUCUUUCAGUGCCUCUAGGUUCCAUUCCCAAACUACCGGCUGAAACCUGUUUAGAAAUAAAGAUGAGUGAAGGUCAUUCCAUCAGUCAAAAGUAUUGGUUUUCUACCAUUAAACCUGGCACGUCUGCUCUCGCUCACUGUAAUAUGGAGACUGAAGGUGAGUUCACUUUAAAUUUAUAAGUGAUAAGAUCCGUUUCAGUCGGUUAUGGACAAACAAAGGUGAGGAAGAGAAGACAAUGCUUUGGAGGUGAGGAAUGAGUUAGCGUAUAACUGAAUGAUCCCGGGGACUAACCUUAAAAGGAUUAAGGCUCUUUCAAGUAUAUAUUGUCCAUUUUGCAUCCUUUGUAUUACUUUACACAUGCAAAUGUGAAAUAGACAGAAAAAUAGGCUGCUUGCUCCAGGGGUGCUCCUGAACGUCUAACCUUUACUUUUAUCAUUCAGAUAUUGACGAAUGCACUUCAUCUGUUCGUCUCUGUGACGUCAAUGCGACUUGCACCAACAAUAGAGAGUUUUAGAUCCGAGUUUACCGCGAACCUCUAACCGCUGGGAGUCACGUGACAAGUCUUUCGCGUCACGUUUGAGGUUUACGACGUGCGUUUUCAACGUGGGGAGGUAGGUUUUCACUUAUGCCAUUUACCUGAAAGCUUUUACCGUAUAAUUCUUGUUUUAUCCCACGUAAUGAUACGAAAAUCUUGUGCAGCAAGUCUUUAUCCAUUAACAGAGGCACAAAUUCGGGCGAAAUGCUAAAUUUGAUAAAUCCUAUUGGAUCUUGAAAACAAGUGCCAUUCAUGGCUGCUCAUUCAAAAUGGCGGCCGUAAAUUUAUAAGAAGAACUAAUGUAAGAAUUUACAGCUCUUUACUGCUAGAUAACCCAGUGUUACCGUAAAUUUCUUUUAUUUUCACUGAUUGAUAUUUCUUCCAUUUCUAAAUGGAAAAAUAAAUUCAGAAUCCACUUCUUUAAUCCACCGCCAAUCUAAAUCGAAUUAUGUUUGAACGUCGAACCGCAAACGGGUAACCGCAAACCGCGGUUAGAGGUUCGCGGUAAUCUCGGAUCUAAAACUCUCUAAUAACGGAUCUUACCUCUGUACUUGCAAGAUUGGAUUUUCCGGUGACGGGAAAACUUGCAAUGGUAGGAAAAGUUGUUUCCGAGAUCAUUUCUAAUGCAAGUUGAGCUCGAUUUAGAUUCUCUUUGAGAUAAGAUGAGGACACAAUCGACAAGUUUUAAUGCCUUGAAAUCUUCAUUCAUAAUAUUUUAACACCUUGACGCCAUCUUAACACUGAGCACUGAGACGUGGGGAAUCAUCGUUGCCAUGGCAGUUUUGCAAUUUUACAUGUGAAAUUAUAAAUUAACGCGUAAUUCGUCACCCAUUAUAGUAUGCCUAAUAUGCAAUGGUAAUCACAUUCACUGGUGAGGCUUUUAAGUCUAAUUUAAAAAGUUUGUUUGAUAUGUUUGUUUUUUGAGUAAACCGGUAACCGACAGCAAUACAACAUCCGGGAAAAAAUUGCAGUAAUCAGUGGCCGCUUGAAGUAAGCAAACAGACAAGCGAUGUCAAGCAGACAGAUUAUGUAAGCGAUGAAUAAAAAUAAAGUACAGGCGCCGGUUGCACACACGGUGGAUAGCACUACCCAACGGAUAAUCAAUAAUUACGCUUUCCACUUGAUAGAGAUUUAUCGAGUGGAUAUAGGGUUAUCUAUCUUUUGAACAACAGAGGCCAGGUCGGCAAGAUGCACAAAAUCGUAAGAUGUGCCUAAGUGCGAUUUUUUUGUUCAAUAAGUGCAACAAUAUCGACUGUUGAAACGUGCGAUAUAUAUUUUUUUCUUUUAUCAAGCUUCCAGCGGGAAUCGAACCCACGACCGGUGGGUCGUGGGUUCGAUUCCCGCUGGGGGCUCGGAUUUUUUCCGAGCAUUUCUUAGUUGUACCUAAUAUCUAUUUCUAAUUUGAUCAAGCUUAAAAUAAUUAAUUUCGGCCGUUUAACUUGUUUCCUCUUUGUAAAGAAAACGGUUACACAGGUUAUGAUUACGCUUACUUGUAUUGUUCCCUUUGUGUAGAUAUUGACACAGUUCACUUGCUUCAUGUACAAACACAGCGGGAUCCUUUAGUUGCACAUGUAACAGCCCUUCCAGCGGAGAUGGCAGAACUUGUAAUGUACCAUCAGGUAAUCAACUCGCCAAAUAUUAGAAAGAUAUCCAUUAACUAGGAUAUAGACCGCUAGUCGGAGAAAGCAGAACUCGCAUUAAUAUUCCAUACGGUAAUUAAUCACCAAGAAUUAGGAAUGUGUUCAUUUACUAGACCCUUAUUUACUCUCGUUAGAAGCACAGCACUCUAACGUUGAUUGUUUAAAGAGGGUUCCAGUUUAAUGCAAAUAUCACCCAGAUCUCUUGUCGAUGAAGCCGAAGGCGAGAUCUGAUCAAUUAAUCAAGAGGGAAAUUCAAUUUUCUUUUUAAUUAGCCACUCAAACGACCUAUAUACAGUGAGGGAGUGACAUGAGUAUUGCCAUCAGCGCGCGCCAUGGUUUCUGUAAUUCAUUCUUCACAAAAUCUUUUUCUGUUUUUUUUUUUUCCCCUUUUGCUUGCCUCAUUACGACGCACGGAUACGUGUAUCGAACAUGACCGGCUUUGCACAAGCCAAGGCCCGUUGAAGAACAAGAAAAUGGAAAAGUUUUCUUUUUAAUAUUUCUAACGUAAGUGAAUGAUUGUCUCACAACAGUUUACUUUACUAGUGACUUCUAGCUUGUAGGGGUCGGAUUGUCCAUACAUAGCCGGUUUGAUUGUGCAUGAUACUCGUUUCGUAGCUACGAAACUAAAAAACUUCUGCGAAGAGAUUUAUCGAAUGGAUACGGAAACCAUCCAAAAAGCUACGAAACUUCCUCGAGGGUGCUAAUGGAGGUACCCAAUUCUCAGUUAACUGAUAAUUUUUCAGCCAAAUAUAAGUAAACUACUAUUUUUUGGGCAAUUCUCGGUUAAUUACUAAUUUCGGUUAGCUAUUAACUUUCACUUUCCUAUAGCGAAUAUUAUUCCGUCAUAACCCGAAUUUUCUAAAAUCAAGGUAUAAAUUUUACAUGAAUUUACAUAAACUCCGCCACUAGUAAAAUUUAUAAGUAACUGAAAAUAUAGAAAAGAACAUACAAUUAUCUAACCGAAGUAGUAAAAAUGAGUAAGCGAUGGCUAUUAAGACCCCUAUUAACUGAUCUUUAGAUAAAGUCGUAUAGCCAUCAAUAUGACACCAGCCUCAAGAUCCAGACGCACCAGUCAUGAUCUGGUACUGAUCUUCCCGACCUGGUCAUGCAUUUCCUGCCAUAAACUACUUCAAAGUUACUUUCUUCGUCGCUUUCACUGAUCUUUAGAUUAAGUCGUAUAGCCAUCAAUAUGACACCAGCCUCAAGAUCCAGACGCACCAGUCAUGAUCUCGUACUGAUCUUCCCGACCUGGUCAUGCAUUUCCUGCCAUAAACUACUUCAAAGUUACCUUCUUCGUCACUUUCAUUAUCUGAAACAGUCUCGUGUACUUAUCCGGUUGCUGUAUGUCCUGUAUCUUGUUAGGUCCUUGUUGUUGGCCUAAAUUUCAAUCCAUUUUCAAUCCUUCAAUUCAUUGCAACAGACGACGGGAAAAAAUCAAUGCCAAAAUAUACUCUUAAAUAACGAAACUGGACCAUUAUUUUUGGAAUUCAAUUGGUGCAAAAAAAGUUUUAGCUUUUUAAAAAGAUAGCAAAUAGCAUGACAAGUACCCGUAGUGUCGGGUCUCAAGGGACUUAAUGUAGGAUAAUUAGAUGCGAAAUGAGCGUUAACACUCUAGAAAAAGAAGGACUUGUUUUGCAUAUAGGACAGUGGUGAACGGACUAGUAGGGAGACUUUUGACGGAACUAAGGGCGUAUAAUGUAACCGUUUAUUGAGCUUGAUUCGCGACUUCACAAUACCGUAACGCUGGUGGUAAAAAUCCCACUUGUGUUAUCUUGAGUUGGUUCGCUUUUUAUGAUUCGUUGUCAAACAGGGCGAAAGUUCUCUAUCCAGUCCCUCAUCACAACUUCAACUUCUUUUGGUACUGUUUGCACCGAUGGGAGAGACAUAGUUGAAAGUGUUGAUAGAGGCAUGAAAGUAUUUGACAAGGCACAAUUCGAUUUUUCUUGAGUGCAGCCCUUCGAAUUCGUAGUUCUUUUAAGCGAUUCCUUCAUUGUGGUUUCAAAGUCUUGUGCGUACGUAGUUUAAAGCACUAAAUGUUUUGUGUUGAAGUGAGAAACAGCGUGUAGGUUUUCCACCUGUGUUAUCAGAAGUUUUCUGUACCUCGAUACAGAUUUUGUCGACAUCCUCUUUCGCGUCCCUGUGUUACCCUUUUUUUCACAGACGUACCUUUUUCGCGCGUAUUUCAAAAGCGUCAUAAAGAUAUCCAAGGGUUUUAAUGAACGAACCUGUUUCAGAAAGACAGGUUUAAACACGAUCUUAAUAGCCUCGAUAGUUAGAACUGCAACAUCAGCUACAACAAUGAUUUUUGGUAAGUACAAAUUACAUGUACUUUAAAGAAAGAUGUUGAUUUCUUUGAGCAAUCAGAAGAUCUAAUGCUUAGAGUUAGCUUUUUUCUUUGGGUAGUAAUGUUUAACGUGACGUUCUUUGGGGUCCGUGAAAACAGUUCUUUCCUUUUCCGAACACAAAAAUCUUGUUUCUUGAGUUCUCAACAACCAGCUGCUCUAUGAUUGACCCUUUCUGUUUGCUGGGUCCGGGUACUGCCCAGGCGCCUUUUGUGCAUACUAGUAUGUGUUAAUGUGCCACCGGGUGAUCAGCGGGACAGAAAGAAGGCAGAAAAUAGCAUUUCUGCUUGCAAAACUUUGUCGCAUUCAUUAACAUCAACGAUCGUAUAAAUAGAAUGUCACUUAACUGUUAAAUUUUCAUUUCUCAGUUAACUACUAUUUUCUUAGCCAAAUAUCAGUUAACUGCUAACCCCAUUAGCACCCUCUUAUCAGUGCCGCGAAAGUGUGUAAUUGUGUGAUUUCCAAAUGGCUUUGACAGGCAGAACUCAGAUUUGUGGUCGCGUGGUUGAGCUAUUGCACUAAAAUAUUCUGUGCCAGCAAUAAAAAGGUUUCGUCGGUGUUUAGCUUACUGAGCUUUGUUGAUUGCGCCUUGCAAAAUCAAUUCUCGCCUCAAGACAAUUACAUCUAGGUCUAGUUUCAGAGGGCUCUUUGGCUUUGAACUGUAGGCCGGUUUUGGCAGAUAAAAAGAUGAUAAUUUGUGUACUAAUGCUGCGAUCAAUUCCUUGUCUAUUCCAUGCGAAAUCCAGUCAUUUUUCGGACCGCGAAAAAGUAGUGUUUUGAUAACUAUUUAAGUUGUUAUGCAAGCCUAAACCAGCCACUUUUUGGCUGCAUUUCACUUAGCCUGAAUUUCAUCCGAUUACUUCGAGUCGUUGUUACUCUCUCAGUGAAACCUCCUUUAAAACUUAUCGAUAUUCAGUAGGGGUAUCAUCCAAUGGACUUUACAAAUUCAAUCACUUGGGGCGGAGGAGUGAGGGGGGGGGGCUUUUAAUUCGGUCUGAGGAAAAGUACGAGUUAAAAUGACUAUACAUUAACAUAUUCACCAAAAUUUGUGGGUUUUUUAACUGAGAAAUCACCAGACUAAUCCAAUUUCACGACUGUUUAUUCAUCGAUCCAAGGAUAAGUUGGUGAAGUCACUCUUACAUGUACCAGUCACUGACCGGUUUGCAAUUCCGCAAAAUUAUUAAAAAUUUAUAUCAGUUCCCAUUAUGUCGCGUCGUAUCGCAGUUAGAUGUAGUGACACUCUCUUCGAACGUUUUUCCCUCUUGUACGAUUCAGAAUAACUGUGGAAAUUUCUUUAAUUUGGAUAGCCGUUUUGCGAAGGCAGGUAGAGGUGACCCUCUUAGGUAGGGUAACCCGCCUGUCCAUACAAUCUCUCAAUGUUCACCCCCACCUAUCAUGUAAGCUUGAUCAAAUUGAAAUGAGAGAUUAUAUGGACAGGCGGGUUACUCACCUACACGUGAACAGGUCUUUAAACUGUGUACUUGAGGUUGCACAAUGUAUUUGCAUAAUUAUAUCUGACCAACCUUUGUUAUUUUGGCUUCUUUUGUUUUCCCAUUUUAUUAUUAUUUUUUUUUUUUAGUUAAAAAGAGAAAACCGUUAUUUAGCAAUCCUAUUGAAGUGUACUAUUUAGUAAUAGUACAUAAAUAGUUCAUCAGCCUACCCCAUAAAAUGGCUUUUCAGCUAACUUUACAAUUACAAUUUGAUACUAAAAACAUAAUUAUCUACUUUACAAUAUGUGAAAUUUAUUGGGGAAAAAAAAAUGAAAUGAGGAAAUAACGCUUCUUCACUCCAGCCUUAAGCUGUUCGAGAUUCUCUAUAUUACCUAAAGAUUCUGCAAAGUCAUUCCAGACACGGACUGCUCAUCUGCUUGCUUUGACUGCUUUCCGAUAUUACGAGAGUGCGCAUCAACCAUUUUCUUAAACCUGUUACAGAUAAGGGGCGAGGCAAGUCCCUUAACAUGUAAAAUUUCCACGUACUUUCAUUAUCGCUGAAAACACGUUUUAGCCAAGCUAGUCGUACAGCUUUGACCAAGCUUUCAAUAUCUGUCAUUUUUAUGCCACCGUCUUCAUAACUGUUUAUUGAAGAGAGCCUCGUUACUUUAUCCUUUCCAUUCCAUAAAAAGGAGAAAAUUAUACUAUUCACUUGUUUGAUGAUUUUACUUGGAGGUGAAAGAACCGAAGAUAUAAAAACUAGUUUUGGAAUAAGUAAUGAUUUGAUUAUAGUUACUUUACCAUAAAUGGACAGUCCUCUAGAUGACCAUAUAUUUGUCAGCUUCUUUAUGCUGUCAACUUUCUCUUGAAAGUUUUUUUCGUAAAGUAAUGAUUGGUCAUAUGUAAAAAAGGUUCCUAAAGCUUUUAUGGGUUCACUGGGCCAUUUAAUACCAAACGGUUUUUCAUCUUUUCUUUUAAGCGAACCAAUCCACAUUCCUUCUGUUUUAGAGCUAUUUAUCUCCAACCCACUGAAGUUCUUAAAUACUUCUAGUUCUUGAAGUAACGUUUUUGCAGAACUUUCAUCAGACAGGAUUGCUGUGGUAUCGUCUGCGUAUUGCAAUAGCUUGGCUUCGUAAUAAUCUAUUUUAAUUCCUUUGAUAUCAGCAUUUUGACGAAUGGAGAUUGCCAAGCUUUCAACAGCUAAGAUAAAGAGGUAAGGGGACAAAGGAUCACCCUGCCUCACACCACGUUCUAAAGUAAAAUAGUCUGAUGCCAUUCCAUUAUUUAUUACACAGCUUUGAAUAUUUGUAUAAAACAUUUUGACCCAAUUUAUAAAAUUGGGGCCAAAAUUAAAAGCCUCAAGGCAACUGAAAAGAUAAUGCCAUUCUAAAGAGUCGAAAGCCUUUUUAAAGUCAAUGAAAAUCACGAUACCUGGAAUAUUCUUACUGUCUGUAAAUUCCAUUAUAUCGAAAAUUGAUCGGAUAGUCUCACCAAUAUAGCGAUCUUCAACAUAACCUGUUUGAUUAUGAUGUAUGAUAUUCGGUAGAACUUUCUUUAAUCUUAACGCAAUCACUUUUGAGAUGAUUUUUGCAAUAUAUUUCCACUAAGAAUAAUAAAUUAGAAACCUUUUAUGAAAAAUGGCCAAAAGACAUUUCUCCCCUUUAAUUAAGUUCGUGAGUUUGUAAUUAAAAAUGUAAUCUUUGUUUGUUUGUUUUUUUUUUUUUUUUUUUUUUUUUUUUAUUAGACAGUUUUUUUUUAUUAUUUUUGUAUGUGUGGUUAUGUUUUUGUUUUUAUUUCAGAGUGUACUGUAAAUAUUAAGUGUUAAUCUCUUUUUAUCUACAUAAUUAAGUAUUAAUUAAUUCUUUGUAAAAUAAGCCUCAUUCGGCAAUUGCGCGGCUGUUUUGUGGCUGUAAUGUAUAUAAUUGUGAAAUGUAGAUAAUUGUAAGUAUGUCUGUUAUUGCGGUUGUUUAGAACUUUGUAAUUAUUUUCUUUUUAAGUAGUUCUUUGUAAUUAUAGUAAUAAAUGUCUUGAAUAAAACAAUAAAUAAAUAAAUAAAUAAAUAAAUAAAAAAAAAAAAAAAAAAAAAAAAAAAAAGUCCCUUAACAUGUGUUAAAUAAACUCGAAUUUUUUAAGGCUUGUCAAAAAAAGCAAGGCACGCCUUUUAUCACUGGUUAAAAAAUCUUGCGCUUAUUACGCUUAUCACGCUUAUUUUCCGCUUUUCAGCCUGAUCAUUAUGAUAACAAGCUUCAAGCGUAACUAUCUGACACUUGCGCGAUCUUGUUUUUGUAAAGGGAAGAUCUCCAGGAAGUCUAGUUCGCUGCUUUCCAUUAUUUGCUCUAUGAGAUCCCUUGACGCACACGAAACCCUGCUGAAGAAGAAAAUGAAAUUGCUUGAAUUUGCAGGCAAUGAAAACAAAAAAACAAACAGAAAUAGUUCAUACUUCCUUUUGAGUUCAUGGGCAUCCUCACUCAAGGGAUUUUGAAUCUCGACCAUGGUGCGGCAAUGUUCCAAGGCAACCUUAUAGCACAAGACCACUCAGUCAUAUAUAUAUAUAUAUAUAUAUCUAGCCGGAUUUAUGAAAACCGUAACAUCGGACACCAGGAGCCCACACACCUUAAACUGACUCAACUAAAGUAAAUAUCGCCCAGAAACUCAGCUCUUACCCAUGGUUCUCUUAAGGUGACUCUCUUCUUGGUUCCUGAUUAGCAAAAGAAACAUUCAAGUCCAUCAAAAAGACACUCUGGGCUUGUCCAUACACUCUAGCUGCUUAAAGGCCCUGAAUGACGGAGGACGCUUGAGACUUCGGCAAGUUCUAAGCAGAGAAUUCAAGGUUAAGUCACCCCCCUUCCUGAAUUCCUCCACCCCCCUAGCCUAGCACGUGCUUGAGGGGAAUGCUUUCAUUGGCCAAUGGGCCUCAAACGUUACAAGAAUUUCACAUGACAAACUAAAGGCAGAGGUGACCAGUGCACUGACUCUCCCAGACCAGGACAAACGGAAGGUACAACGCUUUUGCAGCAGCCUCCCCCCCCCCUAGGGAUUGACAUGGAGGCCCCUUUCCAACCCAUGGCGAGUUAGCUCAGGGACUGAACUUGACAAUGAGACCAAGCAGGACAGCAAGCCCCCUAUGUUUUUUCUGACCGCAGAGACCAGAAAGCUGGCUAUCGCCAGCUUUCUGUGCGAAUAUUCUGGUGCAUUUUCAGGUAGGUUUUCAAAAAUUCGGCUAGAUGUUGACGACAAAUGCUGUCUUUUCCAAGAAGGAGGUCACCUCGGGCUAAAUCUGCCUCCUCCCAGCCCAGUUUGGCCCCAUUUCUCCCCUCCCGACAGCAUUCAACGACAUCAUCUAGCCGGAUUUAUGAAAACCGUAACAUCGGACACCAGGAGCCCACACACCUUAAACUGACUCAGCUAAAGUAAAUAUCGCCCAGAAACUCAGCUCUUACCCAUGGCUCUCUUAAGGUGACUCUCUUCUUGGUUCCUGAUUAGCAAAAGAAACAUUCAAGUCCAUCAAAAAGACACUCUGGGCUUGUCCAUACACUCUAGCUGCUUAAAAGCCCUGAAUGACGGAAGACGCUUGAGACUUCAGCAAGUUCUAAGCAGAGAAUUCAAGGUUAAGUCACCCCCCCCUGACUUCCUCCACCCCCCCAGCCUAGCACGUGCUUGAGGGGAAUGCUUUCAUUGGCCAAUGGGCCUCAAACGUUACAAGAAUUUCACAUGACAAACUAAAGGCAGAGGUGACCAGUGCACUGACUCUCCCAGACCAGGACUAACGGAAGGUACAACGCUUUUGCAGCAGCCCCCCCCCCUAGGGAUUGACAUGGAGGCCCCUUUCCAACCCAUGGCGAGUUAGCUUUGGGACUGAACUUGACAAUGAGACCAAGCAGGACAGCAAGCCCCCUAUGUUUUUUCUGACCGCAGAGACCAGAAAGCUGGCUAUCGCCAGCUUUCUGUGCGAAUAUUCUGGUGCAUUUUCAGGUAGGUUUUCAAAAAUUCGGCUAGAUGUUGACGACAAAUGCUGUCUUUUCCAAGAAGGAGGUCACCUCGGGCCAAAUCUGCCUCCUCCCAACCCAGUUUGGCCCCAUUUCUCCCCCUCCCGACAGCAUUCAACGACAUCAUCUAGCCGGAUUUAUGAAAACCGUAACAUCGGACACCAGGAGCCCACACACCUUAAACUGACUCAACUAAAGUAAAUAUCGCCCAGAAACUCAGCUCUUACCCAUGGUUCUCUUAAGGUGACUCUCUUCUUGGUUCUUGAUUAGCAAAAGAAACAUUCAAGUCCAUCAAAAAGACACUCUGGGCUUGUCCAUACACUCUAGCUGCUUAAAAGCCCUGAAUGACGGAGGACGCUUGAGACUUCAGCAAGUUCUAAGCAGAGAAUUCAAGGUUAAGUCACACCCCCCUGACUUCCUCCACCCCCAGCCUAGCACGUGCUUGAGGGGAAUGCUUUCAUUGGCCAAUGGGCCUCAAACGUUACAAGAAUUUCACAUGACAAACUAAAGGCAGAGGUGACCAGUGCACUGACUCUCCCAGACCAGGACUAACGGAAGGUACAACGCUUUUGCAGCAGCCUCCCCUAGGGAUUGACAUGGAGGCCCCUUUCCAACCCAUGGCGAGUUAGCUCAGGGACUGAACUUGACAAUGAGACCAAGCAGGACAGCAAGCCCCCUAUGUUUUUUCUGACCGCAGAGACCAGAAAGCUGGCUAUCGCCAGCUUUCUGUGCGAAUAUUCUGGUGCAUUUUCAGGUAGGUUUUCAAAAAUUCGGCUAGAUGUUGACGACAAAUGCUGUCUUUUCCAAGAAGGAGGUCACCUCGGGCUAAAUCUGCCUCCUCCCAACCCAGUUUGGCCCCAUUUCUCCCCUCCCGACAGCAUUCAACGACAUCAUCUAGCCGGAUUUAUGAAAACCGUAACAUCGGACACCAGGAGCCCACACACCUUAAACUGACUCAGCUAAAGUAAAUAUCGCCCAGAAACUCAGCUCUUACCCAUGGCUCUCUUAAGGUGACUCUCUUCUUGGUUCCUGAUUAGCAAAAGAAACAUUCAAGUCCAUCAAAAAGACACUCUGGGCUUGUCCAUACACUCUAGCUGCUUAAAAGCCCUGAAUGACGGAGGACGCUUGAGACUUCAGCAAGUUCUAAGCAGAGAAUUCAAGGUUAAGUCACCCCCCUGACUUCCUCCACCCCCCAGCCUAGCACGUGCUUGAGGGGAAUGCUUUCAUUGGCCAAUGGGCCUCAAACGUUACAAGAAUUUCACAUGACAAACUAAAGGCAGAGGUGACCAGUGCACUGACUCUCCCAGACCAGGACUAACGGAAGGUACAACGCUUUUGCAGCAGCAGCCCCCCCUAGGGAUUGACAUGGAGGCCCCUUUCCAACCCAUGGCGAGUUAGCUCAGGGACUGAACUUGACAAUGAGACCAAGCAGGACAGCAAGCCCCCUAUGUUUUUUCUGACCGCAGAGACCAGAAAGCUGGCUAUCGCCAGCUUUCUGUGCGAAUAUUCUGGUGCAUUUUCAGGUAGGUUUUCAAAAAUUCGGCUAGAUGUUGACGACAAAUGCUGUCUUUUCCAAGAAGGAGGUCACCUCGGGCCAAAUCUGCCUCCUCCCAACCCAGUUUGGCCCCAUUUCUCCCCUCCCGACAGCAUUCAACGACAUCAUCUAGCCGGAUUUAUGAAAACCGUAACAUCGGACACCAGGAGCCCACACACCUUAAACUGACUCAACUAAAGUAAAUAUCGCCCAGAAACUCAGCUCUUACCCAUGGUUCUCUUAAGGUGACUCUCUUCUUGGUUCCUGAUUAGCAAAAGAAACAUUCAAGUCCAUCAAAAGACACUCUGGGCUUGUCCAUACACUCUAGCUGCUUAAAAGCCCUGAAUGACGGAGGACGCUUGAGACUUCAGCAAGUUCUAAGCAGAGAAUUCAAGGUUAAGUCACCCCCCUGACUUCCUCCACCCCCCAGCCUAGCACGUGCUUGAGGGGAAUGCUUUCAUUGGCCAAUGGGCCUCAAACGUUACAAGAAUUUCACAUGACAAACUAAAGGCAGAGGUGACCAGUGCACUGACUCUCCCAGACCAGGACUAACGGAAGGUACAACGCUUUUGCAGCAGCCUCCCCCCUAGGGAUUGACAUGGAGGCCCCUUUCCAACCCAUGGCGAGUUAGCUCAGGGACUGAACUUGACAAUGAGACCAAGCAGGACAGCAAGCCCCCUAUGUUUUUUCUGACCGCAGAGACCAGAAAGCUGGCUAUCGCCAGCUUUCUGUGCGAAUAUUCUGGUGCAUUUUCAGGUAGGUUUUCAAAAAUUCGGCUAGAUGUUGACGACAAAUGCUGUCUUUUCCAAGAAGGAGGUCACCUCGGGCCAAAUCUGCCUCCUCCCAACCCAGUUUGGCCCCAUUUCUCCCCUCCCGACAGCAUUCAACGACAUCAUCUAGCCGGAUUUAUGAAAACCGUAACAUCGGACACCAGGAGCCCACACACCUUAAACUGACUCAACUAAAGUAAAUAUCGCCCAGAAACUCAGCUCUUACCCAUGGUUCUCUUAAGGUGACUCUCUUCUUGGUUCUUGAUUAGCAAAAGAAACAUUCAAGUCCAUCAAAAAGACACUCUGGGCUUGUCCAUACACUCUAGCUGCUUAAAAGCCCUGAAUGACGGAGGACGCUUGAGACUUCAGCAAGUUCUAAGCAGAGAAUUCAAGGUUAAGUCACCCCCCCCUGACUUCCUCCACCCCCCCAGCCUAGCACGUGCUUGAGGGGAAUGCUUUCAUUGGCCAAUGGGCCUCAAACGUUACAAGAAUUUCACAUGACAAACUAAAGGCAGAGGUGACCAGUGCACUGACUCUCCCAGACCAGGACUAACGGAAGGUACAACGCUUUUGCAGCAGCCUCCCCCUAGGGAUUGACAUGGAGGCCCCUUUCCAACCCAUGGCGAGUUAGCUCAGGGACUGAACUUGACAAUGAGACCAAGCAGGACAGCAAGCCCCCUAUGUUUUUUCUGACCGCAGAGACCAGAAAGCUGGCUAUCGCCAGCUUUCUGUGCGAAUAUUCUGGUGCAUUUUCAGGUAGGUUUUCAAAAAUUCGGCUAGAUGUUGACGACAAAUGCUGUCUUUUCCAAGAAGGAGGUCACCUCGGGCCAAAUCUGCCUCCUCCCAACCCAGUUUGGCCCCAUUUCUCCCCUCCCGACAGCAUUCAACGACAUCAUCUAGCCGGAUUUAUGAAAAAACGUAACAUCGGACACCAGGAGCCCACACACCUUAAACUGACUCAACUAAAGUAAAUAUCGCCCAGAAACUCAGCUCUUACCCAUGGUUCUCUUAAGGUGACUCUCUUCUUGGUUCCUGAUUAGCAAAAGAAACAUUCAAGUCCAUCAAAAAGACACUCUGGGCUUGUCCAUACACUCUAGCUGCUUAAAAGCCCUGAAUGACGGAGGACGCUUGAGACUUCAGCAAGUUCUAAGCAGAGAAUUCAAGGUUAAGUCACCCCCCUGACUUCCUCCACCCCCCCAGCCUAGCACGUGCUUGAGGGGAAUGCUUUCAUUGGCCAAUGGGCCUCAAACGUUACAAGAAUUUCACAUGACAAACUAAAGGCAGAGGUGACCAGUGCACUGACUCUCCCAGACCAGGACUAACGGAAGGUACAACGCUUUUGCAGCAGCCUCCCCCCCCUAGGGAUUGACAUGGAGGCCCCUUUCCAACCCAUGGCGAGUUAGCUCAGGGACUGAACUUGACAAUGAGACCAAGCAGGACAGCAAGCCCCCUAUGUUUUUUCUGACCGCAGAGACCAGAAAGUUGGCUAUCGCCAGCUUUCUGUGCGAAUAUUCUGGUGCAUUUUCAGGUAGGUUUUCAAAAAUUCGGCUAGAUGUUGACGACAAAUGCUGUCUUUUCCAAGAAGGAGGUCACCUCGGGCCAAAUCUGCCUCCUCCCAACCCAGUUUGGCCCCAUUUCUCCCCUCCCGACAGCAUUCAACGACAUCAUCUAGCCGGAUUUAUGAAAACCGUAACAUCGGACACCAGGAGCCCACACACACCUUAAACUGACUCAACUAAAGUAAAUAUCGCCCAGAAACUCAGCUCUUACCCAUGGUUCUCUUAAGGUGACUCUCUUCUUGGUUCCUGAUUAGCAAAAGAAACAUUCAAGUCCAUCAAAAGACACUCUGGGCUUGUCCAUACACUCUAGCUGCUUAAAGGCCCUGAAUGACGGAGGACGCUUGAGACUUCAGCAAGUUCUAAGCAGAGAAUUCAAGGUUAAGUCACCCCCCCCCCCCUGACUUCCUCCACCCCCAGCCUAGCACGUGCUUGAGGGGAAUGCUUUCAUUGGCCAAUGGGCCUCAAACGUUACAAGAAUUUUACAUAACAAACUAAAGGCAGAGGUGACCAGUGCACUGACUCUCCCAGACCAGGACUAACGGAAGGUACAACGCUUUUGCAGCAGCCCCCCCCCCCCCCCUAGGGAUUGACAUGGAGGCCCCUUUCCAACCCAUGGCGAGUUAGCUCAGGGACUGAACUUGACAAUGAGACCAAGCAGGACAGCAAGCCCCCUAUGUUUUUUCUGACCGCAGAGACCAGAAAGCUGGCUAUCGCCAGCUUUCUGUGCGAAUAUUCUGGUGCAUUUUCAGGUAGGUUUUCAUAAAUUCGGCUAGAUAUAUUUAUAUAUAUAUAUAUUACUGAGUGGUCUACCAAGGUCGAGAUUCAAAAUCCCUUGAGUGAGGAUCCCUUGAGAAUACGGGCACCGAUUAAUACGGACACAAUGGACACUUUUCUGUGUCCUGAGGCGCAAACUCUGUCAACCCUGCUAUUUACGGGCACUGGCUAUCUGCGUACCGUCUAUUUUCCUUGUCACAAUCAUGUGCUAUUUGUAGAUAUUUUACACUGUCCAAACAAUGACAGAUUUCUGGGUUUAAGUAGCAGAAUAACUUGAUAUGUUUGAUUUUAAGUCAGUCUUUCUUUCCCUGUACUAUAUAGCCAUUUAAUAAUUACUACUCAAGUUUCACUUCCUCGGCUUUUCGGCGCAGUCAUUGUUCCUACCCUUCUUCCUCUUUGUCUGCCAUAGUCUUUAUAUCAAUACAAGAUGUUUCCGGGACGUUUUUAUGGAAAGCCCACUUAAUACGGCCAUCUGCAUGACACGAACACCAUGGCAUGUCCCCUAAUGUGUCCGUAUUAACCGGGUUCUACUGUUAGUACAGGAGUACCCAACGAACAUUUUUCGCAAAAUUGAUUAUACGAUGUCGUAAACGCUAGCAAAGUGCUUUUACGUCAACCCAUGUUAAUAUUUAACUUUCCUGGGAAAAAAAUACCCGCUCUUCACUGCUAGCCAGCAAGACUUUCAGAAAAUAAAAAUCCCAGCCAGCAAUCAUGUUUGACGGUUUUUUGCCAGCCAGCAAGGUUAAAAAAACAAAAAUUACGCAAUCCCAGCCAGAGUGAAACGGAAUUCGGUGUUUGCCAGCCAGCGGUAGCAGAAGUAAGUUAUGAGCCAGCCAGCAAAGUUUCAUUUAACACAUUGCCAAGAAAAAACAUGUAAGUCAGUAGGCAAGAUCUGUUUUACGUCAAAUUUACAUAAUAUAAAAAGAAAAGCGUGUUUAACCUGUUUCACCCUUUUAUCUAGUUGUCGGUUUUUUUUUUUUUUUUUUUUUGAUAUAGGGAAAAAGAUCAGUGUAUUUGUUUAGUAUAUAUUAUUCCCUAUCCCUAAGAAUUACAUAACAAUAGCAUAACAACUAAAGACAUUCAGCGAUACUUACAGUUUUGGAAUGUGGACUUGAGGAGUAGUCUUGAGUUUUUGCCAGGUAAACGAUAAAAAGGAAGAUCCCGAACUUUGUCCAUAACACAAUAACACGUAAAAAAAGUGAUCAUCGCAAAGCCUUAAGGCCAACUUUUUCCAACGAUAAUCGACUGAGGUGAAAUAAAGUUUAAGAAUAAACAACAUAACGAGUAAGCUCGAUCCACGUGUGGUCUCCUCUGCAAAAUCACCCCAAAUUCAGUGUAGACACAUGCUUAUCGCCAGCAUUGUAUGCCGUGCCUACUGUUACUCCGCAAAAAGUCUACACCAGAACUAAUAGAAAGUUUCGAGUAAACAGGCUUUCCGUUGGAAACUUCUAACCACUACGGCUGAAAACCACGAAGCCACAAAGUAAGGUAACGUUUGCGGUCUUUAACUCGAGUUUCAACGUGGGGAGGAUGGUUUCCUCUUUCGUCAUUUACGUAAACGCCUGACUACAAACAAGGACCUUUCUGUUGCGGUAAAAAAAAACAAUACUGUCCAUGUUUUCAAAUACGCUAUGGCAACAGUUUACUUUUUAAAGCCAGACUGAUAACGUGUUCUUGUAGUAUUUUUCUCCGCACUAGUAAGAGCUUGUCAUCCUGAGUUUGAUCUUACUCACUCAUUUUUUUCUGUGGUCAAGAAGCCAUAAUGGUAUGUCGUCAGACAAUCACCACAAAAGUUUCGCAGCAAAAGCCAGUAGUCGUAGGUAGUCAGUCAGGCAAUCACCGUAAAAGUUUCACACCAGAACUGGUGCAAAGUUUCGCAGCAAAAGCCAGUAGUCGUAGGUGGUCAGUCAGGCAAUCACCGUAAAAGUUUCACACCAGAACUGGUGCAAAGUUUCGCAGCAAAAGCCAGUAGUCGUAGGUGGUCAGUCAGGCAAUCACCGUAAAAGUUUCACAACAGAACUGGUGCAAAGUUUCGCAGCAAAAGCCAGUAGUCGUACGUGUUCUUUCAGGCAAUCACCGUAAAAGUUUCACACCAGAACUGGUGCAAAGUUUCGCAGCAAAAGCCAGUAGUCGUAGGUGGUCAGUCAGGCAAUCACCGUAAAAGUUUCACACCAGAACUGGUGCAAAGUUUCGCAGCAAAAGCCAGUAGUCGUAUGUGGUCAGUCAGGCAAUCACCGUAAAAGUUUCACACCAGAACUGGUGCAAAGUUUCGCAGCAAAAGCCAGUAGUCGUAUGUGGUCAGUCAGGCAAUCACCGUAAAAGUUUCACACCAGAACUGGUGCAAAGUUUCGCAGCAAAAGCCAGUAGUCGUACGCGGUCAGUCAGGCAAUCACCGUAAAAGUUUCACACCAGAACUGGUGCAAAGUUUCGCAGCAAAAGCCAGUAGUCGUAGGUGGUCAGUCAGGCAAUCACCGUAAAAGUUUCACACCAGAACUGGUGCAAAGUUUCGCAGCAAAAGCCAGUAGUCGUAUGUGGUCAGUCAGGCAAUCACCGUAAAAGUUUCACACCAGAACUGGUGCAAAGUUUCGCAGCAAAAGCCAGUAGUCGUACGCGGUCAGUCAGGCAAUCACCGUAAAAGUUUCACACCAGAACUGGUGCAAAGUUUCGCAGCAAAAGCCAGUAGUCGUAGGUGGUCAGUCAGGCAAUCACCGUAAAAGUUUCACACCAGAGCUGGUGCAAAGUUUCGCAGCAAAAGCCAGUAGUCGUACGUGUUCAGUCAGGCAAUCACCGUAAAAGUUUCACACCAGAACUGGUGCAAAGUUUCGCAGCAAAAGCCAGUAGUCGUACGUGGUCAGUCAGGCAAUCACCGUAAAAGUUUCACACCAGAACUGGUGCAAAGUUUCGCAGUAAAAGCCAGUAGUCGUAGGUGGUCAGUCAGGCAAUCACCGUAAAAGUUUCACACCAGAACUGGUGCAAAGUUUCGCAGCAAAAGCCAGUAGUCGUACGUGGUCAGUCAGGCAAUCACCGUAAAAGUUUCACACCAGAACUGGUGCAAAGUUUCGCAGCAAAAGCCAGUAGUCUUAGGUGGUCAGUCAGGCAAUCACCGUAAAAGUUUCACACCAGAACUGGUGCAAAGUUUCGCAGCAAAAGCCAGUAGUCGUAUGUGGUCAGUCAGGCAAUCACCGUAAAAGUUUUACACCAGAACUGGUGCAAAGUUUCGCAGCAAAAGCCAGUAGUCGUACGCGGUCAGUCAGGCAAUCACCGUAAAAGUUUCACACCAGAACUGGUGCAAAGUUUCGCAGCAAAAGCCAGUAGUCGUACGCAGUCAGUCAGGCAAUCACCGUAAAAGUUUCACACCAGAACUGGUGCAAAGUUUCGCAGCAAAAGCCAGUAGUCUUAGGUGGUCAGUCAGGCAAUCACCGUAAAAGUUUCACACCAGAACUGGUGCAAAGUUUCGCAGCAAAAGCCAGUAGUCGUACGCAGUCAGUCAGGCAAUCACCGUAAAAGUUUCACACCAGAACUGGUGCAAAGUUUCGCAGCAAAAGCCAGUAGUCGUAGGUGGUCAGUCAGGCAAUCACCGUAAAAGUUUCACACCAGAACUGGUGCAAAGUUUCGCAGCAAAAGCCAGUAGUCGUACGUGGUCAGUCAGGCAAUCACCGUAAAAGUUUCACACCAGAACUGGUGCAAAGUUUCGCAGCAAAAGCCAGUAGUCGUACGCAGUCAGUCAGGCAAUCACCGUAAAAGUUUCACACCAGAACUGGUGCAAAGUUUCGCAGCAAAAGCCAGUAGUCGUAGGUGGUCAGUCAGGCAAUCACCGUAAAAGUUUCACACCAGAACUGGUGCAAAGUUUCGCAGCAAAAGCCAGUAGUCGUACGUGGUCAGUCAGGCAAUCACCGUAAAAGUUUCACACCAGAACUGGUGCAAAGUUUCGCAGCAAAAGCCAGUAGUCGUAUGUAAGUCAGGAAUGUUUUGUUUUGCAGUCAGACAAUCACCUAUAAAGGCAUAUAACCUUAUGUCGUGCAUGCGAUGGUCGUGUGACAUCUAUAAGUUAUAGAAUCGAAGCGCAGUUGAAACAAAUGUAAGUAAGAUCACACCAAGGAAGGCAAGCUUAUUUUGCUUUGGGUACAGAGAGACCCACCAAAGUAAAAUAAAUGCAGCAAUACCUUUAUCAGUUUGCUUGAAGCGACCGUCAUAGUAAAUUUGCGAACAGCAACAGUACUUCAGUUUUAAUACAGCUACAGAAAAAUUCUUGUAGGUUUUGGCAAUAAGAUAAGCUUAGGUGAAACCUUCUUCGGUACGUUUAAAAAUCGAGUUGACGACGGCAAACGUGACGUAACUGCGUCCUACUGCGUAUCUCGCGCUUCACGCUCGCGCCUCUAAACAACCCUAAGCACCUUAAUGACGCCUUUUGCGCAGGCUACGGUUGAGUUGUGAGGGCGAUUAUUUUGUAGAAAGCAAUAACUUCAUGAUAACCAGAAGGAAAUAAAAACUCCAAAGAAAAAUAUCCUGUUCUUCACGACAAAUUGUUGCAAAAAGAACAACCUAGUUGUCUAUUAAUUUGUUUAUUCAAUAGUCCAGUUUAAACCCUGCUUGCAGCAAUUUUAGGAAAAUAAGUAAAUACUGUUCACAUUUGUAAUUUUCUUUCAUUUUUUGGCAAGAAAAUUGUAAACUAUUUUUUAUUCUUUUUUUCUACAUUGGCCAAAGAGCCUCUCAAACGUAACCAUGGCCGGUAACGCCCGCUGUCAAAAUUGAGGUCCUACAGCCGGGAAACAUCACCAAAAAUAUGUAAUCUGAGUCACUGUGUUCGAAGAUAUGAAUAAAUUUGCUAACAGAGCUCUUACAAUUUAUACGAUAAAAAGCUUUAAGAGCAAGAAAUGCGUCAGCGUCAAAACAGAUACUGGUAUGAAAGUCAAAGAAUGAUAGCCGUUCGGGAUUUACCCCGCUAUACUACAAUUUACUACACAGACGUUAACAUUGAAAUGCAACGGCACACUUGGAUGUUGCCUUUUUUAAAAACAACAGUUACUAUAACGGACGCGAAAUACAUCAAUAUACGGGUAGUACAAAUGUAAAAUCUUCCUACCUUUUCUGAUCCUAACAGAUACCUGUGCAGUUGCUAAACGCCUUCCAAAUGACCAUAGAUCGAGGAGGUUUCCCGUCCCGGUGAGCACAUAACAAAAGAGAAAUUGGUUCCAACGGAAAUAUUCCUGAGCGCGCAAACCUGGACAACAUUGCAAACGAGCAUACCGAAUGAAAUCAGUUCUGAGUUCACUCCGCUAAGAGGCCAGAGUGUAUUAUUUAUUGGAGAGAGUUUUUGUAUUCAAUCGUCUCAAUAUUUGAUGGCAUUUAUGUGCCUUAGCGAAUGUUCUUAAUGCGAUACACAUGCACGGCAACCUGACAAAGAAACACAACCAUUUUACUUACCUUUUGGCCGCGUUAACACCAGGUUUAAAGUAGAACGUAGGCCAGUAGCUGAUAUUUAGACAGGCAUAUUAAAACACGAACACACAAAAGUGUUUUCUAUAAAGGAUCGACAGCGAAACGACUACAAACAAAGCGGUGAGCGGUGCUUGACUCAACUGUGUCAUUUUCUCACUACGUGUAUCUUUUACAAGGUAUUCACAGCAGGACGUUUUGCUUACACACCCAAACAAAUUUCCGUUUUCACAGGCAAAAGGUGUCAUUUCCACAGCUCGCGUGGGGUGAUUUCCACGCGCACUUACUUGCUUCGCCCGCUCUAAUAUCCAUAUAAAAAAUUACAGUGCGAUUGCCAGGAGAAAAAAUAUACCUUUUUAUCCAGCCAGAACCGGCAUAAAUUUUUCAUAUUUUCAGCUAGCAAGGCGCUCAUUCAGAUUUCCCAGCCAGCUAACUAGCCAAUGUUUUUUUUUUCCAGCUAGCUCAAAUUCUGCCUGACGAGCGGGUAUUUUGUCGAGCGGCUCCGUCGGGUACUCCUGUUAGUAGUUUGUUUUUGAAAAACAAAAUGUUUUUUACUGAUCCUUUUUCCAAACUUUUGUUAAAGUAAAAAGCAAAUUGCCGCCAGGUCCGCAGCAACAUUGUCAAAUUUUCUAGUAGAUUCACUCGCCUGGGGCUCGUGCUCGUGGAUCCACAACACUUUGACAAUGUCAUGAUGCGAUGUUAUGAUCAAUAAGAGGACAGACGAUAAAGAAACUAGCGUCAAUGCGAUGAAAUGAACCAAUUUUAGUGCAUAAAACUAGAAAUACGUUUUCGCAAAAAUCUUGCGAAGCUAACGGGGUCAGCAGUGAGAAUAAACAGUAAAAAGCCAAAGGGUAAAAAAACGAUGAAAGAAAAAAAGAAUGGAAGUAGACACGCCGGGGUUGGAACCCAGUUGCACCCCAACUUCCCCCAGCGAAAAAGUGCGGCUCUGACCACUGGGCCAUGCGACCACUGCACCGAUAACUCAUCAAAAUUAAUAGUGUUGAAGUAUUUUUCUCUGCCAUUCACACUGUUUGAACCUUAUGGAGCUGUAUUUAUCAUAAAUACAAAGAUACAUUUGUGGAAAAAUGACUCAAACGAGUAUUUCAAAACCAUUUCGCAUUAUUUCCGUGUUUAUUUACUCUCGGGCUUUAUAUAGGCCGUUCGAUUCACGACGGAGUGGUCUUCUUCUUCGCUGCUCUCGCUGAAGUUCAGGUCACCUUUCUUUCGGUGUUAAACCUUCCACGGCAAGGACUACCACUUGUCUAAUUGGAUACUGUUGUGUUUGCAGCCCGCUGUUUUUUUGCCUCAGAAAUACUUUGUGAUUCGCCAGCGUACAAUAAACAGAGGAUUAAUAAAAAGUCGCUGUUGCCUGGAAACUCAAAAUGCACGAUGACGUGCAUUGGGCGUCUUUAUUAUUUGUUUAUGGCUUGUUGUUAGGCAACUACGGAUACCAAACCGAUAGAAAGAUUUAUGACCAAAGAGAAAUCGCAGCUCGCUUGCGAUCGUCGCGUAAACCGCGCGCUGCGCGCGCGACAAAAUUAUACACUCGCUCCGCGAGAAUUAUUAUUUAACCUACUAUUUCCCUACAUCAUCGUAUGUAGCAGAGAUCACUCAUCCAUUUGCGAUGGCAGAUCGAGGCAGCUAAAGAAUGCCUACAUAUAUAUAUUUGUCUCCCUUUCCCAUGUUAUUGCUUAACCUCGGUCUGUAUAUCUACCAGUGUGUGAAAGCCAGUAACCAAUCCCCAUUUACUCGUAUGUAGACAGUUAUCGCCACAGUGGGGCUGGUACUAGGGAUCUUACAGGACGUGAAAAUUACCCAAUUUGAGCCUGUUUAUGUACAGUAGAUUAAACUUUUGGAAACAAUAAAUUACAAAAAAUAUACAAAUAUUCAAUGAUUUUCUAGCUUUUAAAAAGUUAAAUCAUUAUUUCUUUUUAUAUAUCAGAAUGUCAGAAUUACGGAAGCCUUAACAGUUAUAUCAGAAAGAUUACGUACUCCGGUGGCAGUUAUUGUGACAGAGGAAUCGGACCUGGCUGGUUUCGUUUCGAGUGGUCCGCCGGUACAAGAUUGCCAACUUCAUGUCCACCUAUGUUCAGAUGUGGCACAACUGUAACCGGCUGGUUGAAUGGUGGACACCAUACAGUAGCAGACGGUCAGGUCAGCAGGCAGGUGUGUUUUCACUGGAGUAGUAACUGCUGUUAUUGGUCAACAAACAUCAAAGUGAGAAAUUGUGGUUCAUAUUAUGUGUACUAUCUUAAUGGUACACCUAGUGGUCAGUGCGAUCUCCGUUAUUGUGGCACUGACUAAAAACAAGGUGCAAGUAAAGUAAUAGAUGCUAUCAAAAAAUGGAAAAAAAAAAAAAAGACUUCAAUAUUUUGAUUUCUAUUAUAACUUAAGCAAACGGAAAAAAAAAAAAACUAUAUAGCACUAUAUAGCUCAACGUACUACUCGAGUUAACAAGCAAGAACAGUUUUCUUUAAACUUAAAAAGAGGAUAUUAAAUUUUGUUUUAAGUUGUUUUGAAGAUCAAGUAAGAAAUACAAUUAUAGUAAUAGAACUUACCAGGAAGACAAACUAGGUAAAAUAACACAUUCAAUUAGCAAUACAGGUUUCUGUGUCAUUUGUCACGGUAAUCAGAAUACACUGAGUCCAAGAACACCAUGUAGUUGCUAAAUAAACCGCGAUGAACAGAUGUUUACUAGUUAGGAAAAGAUGUACAGGGAAGUGCGGGAUAUAAAUGAAUCUGCUUACUUGUUUUAAUAUUGAUGGGUAUAGGGAUGCACUCUGUAAAAUCGGAAACGAAAUGCAUAGCGACUAUAGGUACAGUCACUCUCGUCUUGCACACACAUCGGCAGUACGAUCAGCAGCUAACUCCCUUUCUACUGCAGACUCUUGCUUGCUAAUAACAAGGACACUAGCCCUGCGGUCCCGAUGGGGACUGCACUAGGUUGGGCAAUUACUGGAUUAGGAUUAGAGUUUUUUUGAGAAAUAAACGUACAAUUUAGUGAAAUACCUGUCACAUGUGUUUGUUCUCAUUUAGUAUGACAAUAGGCUAUUGGCAAGUUGGCGUCAUUUUACUCACAACCAGAAUCUCAGGAUUACAAGGAUUGUAUAAAGGAGCGCUCUACCGACUGAGCUAAAUCCAGGCCAGACGGUGGAGUUUUACUGUGUGAAUCAAGUGUACAAGUCACACUCGUACAAAGGGCACGAAAAGUCAACUGUAUACUUGCCCAUGCUGAAAGUGAGAAACCCAGCGAAUUGACUCUAGAAAGAAACUUGAGAUAAAUUAGGAAACAAAGAAAAAAUUUUUGACCCCUACGAGAUUUUUAACGGGCUGUCAUGCUAAGAAGAGGGUUCUCGAUAGGUUUUUCGGGAACGUGAUUUUCCUCAUUUGAAGCUCAGGAUUGGGGACUUUAAAGCAAAAUCAGAGCGACAUUUGGGAUUGAAAGUAUGCGCGGGAGGUGGGAUGCCAAAAAUAACCCUAGGGAUUACGGGAUUGCAUAAAGUUUUGGGUCCGGAUUACGAGAGUGAAAAACCCUAUUGGGGACCCUCUGAGAAUGAAAGCCUGUUUUCUCGGGGUCUCCAUUACAAAUCCCCCGCCGCUAGCCGUUUUGGAAAACUUCAUCUUAACUCACAUCUUUCUUACCCAAUGCCUCCCAAUACUCCUGCCAUAUAAAAACCAGAGGCGGAUCCAGGAUAUUUUUUUUUAGGGGGCACUCGUCUCUUACUCUACUUUUUUUUUUUGCAGAAUACCAGCUGUAUUAGAAAACCGCAGGUCAUCUCGGGGGGGGGGUGCGCAUCCCUGCACCUCCCCCUAGAUCCGCCCCUGAAAACACCGAGCUAGUUCACACAGCUGUUAUACAGCUGAAUUUUAGUCGAUUUGCUGUGCUAUACUAACACCCCUCUGGCCUUUCACAGCCUUACCUUAUUGAGAUCUCCUUGAAUUCAAAGCCAUCUUCAUUGCUAAUAACGCUGCCGAAAUAAAUAAAGUCAUCAAUGAAUUCCAGUUUCGCCUGAUAUCUGGGGUGAGAGCAUCGCCUUGUCGCCCCAUGUAAGGGAAUCCAAGACAAUCCUGGAUUCUGAAUUCCACGUCGUGGAUCCCCGAUUCCAAUCGCUAGUAACAUUCCGGAUAUCCUUGAGCUACAUUCCGGAUUCCACAGCCCAGGAUCCGAAUUCCACAAGCAAAAUUUCCAGGAUUCCAGAUACCAUUAACAAAAAUAUUUCAGGGAUUCCGGAUUUGGAUUCUCUUGCAUAGCCCGAGCCUUGGGCUCUUGGCAAAUCCGAUUACUGCCCCCUGGGGGGUGGGUACUCAUAGGAAUUCUUGGUGGGGGUAUGCCGCCCGGUUCUCCAAAUCCCUACCCUAUUUCAGGCCAAAAAAUGUAAUUUUCCAUACCCGUUUUCAGACCUGGCCUUUAGGCAGAAAUUAUGUUAUAAUUAAUACAUAGAUUAGAGCGAAAAACAAAAAAAAUAUUCAAAUCCACUCUGUAGUUCCCUCGAAAACCAUACCCGAUCCCUGACCAAAAUGGGCAAAGCGUAUACCCGUUUUCAGACCAAAACGACGCAAAAACUACACCCGAUGGGGUAGAAACCUAUAUAGCUUAUAUGAGGAAGUAUCCCUCCCCCGGGUUACUGUCUUUUCCAUCUUAAAGAUGAGCACGAUUACUCGAGAGUAUAGCCAUCUUAUCUUCACUUAAGAUGAGUAAAGAAGGUUCAACUGUAUAUAACACUCCUGUGUUGACCUGUUUCUCUCAGAGACAGAGUAUUUAACCAUUCAACACAGUCUUGCUCCUCUUGCGUAUUGCGAGGAAUGAUUUUAGUAAAUUUGGUUUGCAGUAACACGCGGCAGACACUUAUAGAUUAUCUUACAUUUGCAGAUAAAAAAUUUCAUACCUCUCACAGUGGGUGGAAUUCAUAGUCAUAUAAAUGUGUUGUAGAGCCGAGCUGAUUCUCUAAUGCAACAACAUUGACAAUCUGAAAUGUAAAUCCACAAAGUGGACCAGGAUGUCAUAUGCUGAAUUCAUUGCAUUAAUUGUUUGCUUUUAUUCUGGGAAGCGCAAGAAUCAAGGCAGCCGACUAGUCAAGGCGAACUAAAGACCCUUGAUAAAAGCUAUCAAUACAAACUUAAUGGUUAGAAAAGUUGUUUGUUAAAGGAAAGGAAACGGUAAAGAAAAUCCAUUAUAUACUUUUUCAUACGUUUCAUACAUGAGCCUUGGGCUCGGAUGAUCGGCACAACCCCAUCCCACGUAUUUACAUAAAUAAUUGGUUGAUUGAUUUCUUGAUAACCUUUUUGGGAAGGAAAUUUUUAAUAGUAAAGUGUAAUUUUUUUUGAUCGCCCUCGGACUGGGAAUAAUCAAUUCUAUGAGGCGCAUCAGGUCAAAUAAAGGGCAUGUAAUGAGUGACAUUCAAGAGUAAACCGAUGACUACAUCUGUUAACAAAGGCGAAAGAAGACCGCGGCUUCGAGAGACAGGAAUGAGCCAUGAUUGCCAAGUGAGGCCCGACAAUCAAAAAGAAAACUUCCGGGUGAACAUUCUGUUCCCUGGAGGGCAAAGUGUGAGGGGGAGAAACAGACCAAACAUAAAAAGGAGCCUAGGUGUGUUCAUAAUAGUUGUAAGGUUGUUACAUUUUUAGGCCUCUACAAUCAUAUGUGAAUAGUUAUGUCAAUUCUUCCAAGACAGUUCCCCCCUUUCUGCGACCUUAACUUUAGUCCCAAAAAUAGUUAUAUCCAUUUUAGGAAAAUCAGUGCUUUUCUUCCCUUUACUUUAAACGCAACAGAAAUAAUGACUUUCUUCGAACACAAUAGAAAUAUUAUUUUUAAGAAAAGAAGUAUUUAUCUAGUUAAAGCAAGAUGUCAGGAGAGCAACACGUCCCGCCAGUCCUCUUCCCAAUUUUUGCUGCAGCUAUGCCUCUUGCUCAAGGAAGUCAGGGUACACUUACCUUGAAAUAUUUUUUUGUAUAUUUUUAAAUAUACAAAAAUUAAAAUUGAUUCAAACGUCGCACUUCACAUGCAUUUCACCCUCACGUUAAGUUCGGCACAUGUUAAAAAGAACGCAAUAAACCACCUCUUUUCAUCAGUGAGUUGCUUUUUAUUCAGUUCUAAUAUAAUAGUCCCAAAAUCGAACAAAUUAAAAAAUACCAAAUCAAAAAUGAAUGUUUAUUGUAUUAACUAUUCGGACCUCAAGCAUGAAUUAAGGAUUAAUUUGUAUUCUGUUAAGAUAAGAUAAUUUAUCUGCACUACCUGCAGUGAAAUUCAUGACGACGUUCAUUUUGAAUGACGUCAGUGGUCCCCGGUAGGGCACAGCCAUCGACCAAGUUGUGGUUACAGUAAUCCUCUUACCCAAAGCGGGUCGGGUUUGCUCUGAGUCUUGAUCGAUAUCGUGAUCGUGGCAUGCCUUUAAAUUGCCCAUGGGGAAGAAAAACAUAGACCCAAUUUUGCUCUAAGCGUCCUUGUAAAAUUCUUUUUCAGUCAUUUUUACCCCUUUUAUAAACCCUCCGCACCACUAAUUUUAUUAGCGAUAACAUGAAACAGACCAGCUUCAUGACCUCUCAAUGUGAGGGAAGCGGCAAAAAUAGUAUUUGCUUAAUCAACCUUAAGAAACCUCCACAGCAUAAUCUACCCGCUCAGAAAGUAAACAACGGGAACAAACGGCUAGUCACAUGCAUGAGCUGAAAGCCGUGCAGGCUCACCAAUGUCCUUUUUUCACUGUGCUAAUGCAUGUAGAAGACGCUAACAGUUACAAAACACUAUAACUGUAUUUCCACUUCACUUCUUAAGGUGGUGUGUUACGUUUAUCAAUCUAGGUAUAUAUUGUUGUCUUGGUUUUCAAAGUUGGUGACCUUAUUCUGUUUAUGCGUAUAAGUGCAUAAAUAAUGGUAAAACAGAAUUCGGAUCUCGCCUCACUGACGAAAAUAAAAUUUUCCGAGUUUCUUAAGGUGCUUUUGAAAUCACUAGACCUAAACUCGUAUAAUCCAAUGUCCUGUAUACCCAGAUUUCAGCCGGGUUGCGGACAUGAUUUUACGUCAAAAAGAUAAUUGUUGCCUUCAUUUUCACAUGACGUAUCCAUGGUAUUUUCCCGAGCCAAAUUCUCUUGGGAAAGAUUGGCCUUAAUACAAUGUUGCUUGCCCGGUGGGCAAGAAAGGCCCACCAGGGGUUAAAAUAGCCUGUAUAACUGCAGCUACUAUUACGAUUAUGACCUCAGUCUGUUUCUACUGUUUCUAUUGUUUCCCACUUGUCUACUAAUAAUAGAACAAUGAAACGCCGCCGCCUUUAACAUGCGGAUUAGUUGGCUUGUUUUGAUUAUAGUUUUAUAUGUAAACAAAUAAAUCGACCCUUACGAUGUGUCUGUUUUGUCAUUCUGUUCUUUACAGAGUUGAAUUAUCGCUUUAAAAGUUUCUGUUUCCUUUUCCUUUUUCUCAUAAAUCACACUAAGCAAAGUUCUAGAUAUAGAUUAAAAUCUCUGUUGUUGCAGAAUUCUCAAAGCACGUGCCAUCAAUGCACCAAGAAAUGUUUUAUUGCCGGUCACUGGGGCCUUGCCUGUUUUGAUAAUUUCCCUGGCAUGGAAAAAGGUGAAUUUUUAGGUUAAAACGCCGGAUCACUGAAUGAUGAUAUAUCCAUUCUGAUUUUCCAACAACUAAACAGCCCAUGCCACUGAACAAAAGCUAACAAAAGCCAACUGCAGAAUAAUCAAUUUCGGUUCAAAAUACUCGUUCUAGCUAGUGGAUUCGUCUUUCGUUCAUCAAUAACUUUCAACUUCAACUUUUAACUUCAGUUAUUUAUUGCUUCAGAGCGGUUUACAAACUAAAAUUAACAUACUAUAGCUAACUAUUAAACAGAUUAUGUUUACAAUACGCUAAAAUACAAUUACCCUACAUGAUUGACACUAGCACAGGCUAAUGAAUGAUUUUCCAGUAAUCGGACACUUAGUUAUGCGCACAGGAUUAUGGGAUCGCCAGGGGGCAAACAUUGCAAGUCGCUACAAAGAAAUGUAUGGCGUGAAGCUGUUUCUCCGUUAGAAGCAGUGUCUUUGGACAGAGAAUGCAACAUUUUCCCGUGAUUUUAUGAGAAGCGGAGGUGACCAAUGUCUUUGUGGGAUCAAUACGAUGAAAUCUAUCGAUAAACACUGAUUCUUGCGAAAGGUCGACUGUGAAUUUACUAAAUGGUCUCGAAAUAUAUAGUACUAACUUAGGUAUAAAUGAGCGGGGAUUGCGGACUCAUUUAAGCCUUUCCAGUUGUACUCACAUGUGCUCAUAUUUACAACAAGUGUAAUUACGCUCCGCUCGGCGGCAAUCACAAUGCUGUGCCGGUUUGUGACAACGAUCAAAGGUAAGCUUAUGUAUUGUCGAAUUUGAUAUGUAUUAAAUUUAAAAACAAAAACAUCUUCCGCACAUUAGUAUAUUGAUUUCUUCUCGCCAAAAAAACACAAGCGAAUUGUUUUGUCAUGAUCCAGAGCACCGAUGAGUUCUAAUGCCUUUUCCAAUUAUUUUGAGGGAAGAUACAGAAUCUCUGAAUUUCGCACAUCAACUUGGUAUUUAUUUUCAAACUCACCGCCUUUGUAUCGGAAAUCUUACUCGUUCUUACGAUUUCUGCCUCAUCUACUAAUGAUUAAAUACCAUGUACUUUCCAUGAAAUAUUUUGUAGAUGUCACUUUGUUUAUACCAAAGUAAAGGAGGAUUUUUUAUUUUUAUGGCCACGCACAUACCUACGAUUGUUGUCUAGUCAUAACCCGCAAAGCGCCGCACAGCGGUGAUCGCGACCGAGCGUAGUUACACUCGUCGUAAAUAUCACCACACGUAAUUAUAACUUAAACGCUUACAUGAACCAAUCCCCCUACAUGUAUACCUAAAUUUGCAUUAUAUAUUUCGAGACCUUUUCUUCGAAUUCUUCAUCUCUGUGUAAAUUCAGUAAACAUAAAUUUCACACUCAACCUCACGCAAGGAGUGUUUAUCGAUAGAAUUUGUCGCAUUAAUCACACAGAAACUUGAUAUUUCAACGCACCAACAUUAGUGACCUCCGUUUCUCAUAAAAAUCACGGCAAAAUGCGGCAUUCUAUGUCCGAAGACACUGUUUUUAACGGAGAAACAACUCCACGCCAUACAUUUCUUUGUAGCGAUUCACAAUGUUUGCCCCCUGGCGAUCCCAGAAUCCUGUGCGCAAAACAUGGGUAUCCGAUUACUGGAUAAUCAUUCAUUGCGGCGGGCAGUGAUAGCAAUUUACAGAAAGCCUAGAAUCAGUUAGAUGUCAACGUUUCUAUAAAGCACAUAAAUAGAUAAAUUAAUUAAAUGAAAAAGUAAAAGAAAAAUUCACUAGUUGAAGCACACACUUAUUGUUGAAAGCUAGCUGAAUUACAGACAGUAAUUGCGAUAGGAAGACAUGAUUAAAGACUGGGCGUUCUUGGAAAAAGAGCUGCUGAAUCCAUAUAAUCAUCCUCAGCGGCGAGGAUUUUCAGAAGUGAAUUAUGAAUUUUUUGCUUAAAUUCCUAGCGAGAGAGUCAACGUGUAGCACUACUUAGAGAAUUCCAAAUGACGGGUGCUUGGGGAAACAGGCCUUGAAUGUCCGACUCUUAAUGAGUAUAUAUAUGUAGAGAGGGAGAAAAGCGAAUAAGAUGUGGCAGGAAGUCUUUCUUUUCUUAAAACUGAGAUAUAACAUACGGACAAUCGGAAGCCGUUGGAAGAGCCUGGUAGUUAAGCUUAAAAUGUCUGGAAGGCCUAGAAAAGUCAGCUCGCCAUUCAUGUUUUAAAUACAAACAUAAUAAGUGAUCCGCGCAUCCCGUUUCUGGCUAAUUCGCCAAAAUCCGCCAAAAAAAAAAAACAACUACCUUUAAAUCCGAAUCCCAAGUACCUUCUUAAUUAAAAUCCAUUAUUGCACAAACAAAUUCAAACAUACUACUCUCUAGCUGCAAUAAAGUAGUUUUUAAUUUCCAUAUAUAUUUACAAGUUCCAAGUUUAAAGUCCUUCCCUAGCUUAAUAGUUCACACUAGACAAUAGUUCAGAAACACUUUUCCGAUAGCUUAUAGAACUGACUAUGUAACAAGUUGACAUAUCGGCAUUAUUGAACUUGCCCUUAAGCCGUCGCUGCAAUCUUACAAUUAAUUAGUUUUUGGCAUUGUUAAAAUGAUGGAUCAAUAAAAACAGUUUGUCUCAAUUUUUAGUUUGUUUCAUUAUGAAUCUAGCUGCUUCUCUUUGUAAAGCUUAGAAUCACUGUAAGAACCAACAAAAGAACCCUUGCAAUUUGUUUCAGUGAAGACCUUUUACGUUAUUCGUGCAGAAGCUGUAUGAACUUGAAGUAAGGCUUGUCUGGUGAGUCAUUUUGCCGAGCAAUACUUAACUUGCAGGUCAUUUUCUCUGUUACGUAGUGCAAACUGAUAAGUACAACAGGCACUGCACGCAAACUAUGUACAUGUAAUUCUGUUCAAGUUUCGUAAAUGAGACUGUUUGUCAUCCGAGAGAUCAGUUGUUUAUAAAGCUGAAACUCCAUAUAAACCUGAACUCGUACCCAAACAGGACAGAUGGCCGUCACCACACUGGGUAAGCUGUGGCUUAAGAUGAUUUUGUGCAAAACUGUCGACAGGGAUGGACCUUGAAGUUAAAAAAAUUAAUUUCGUUAUUUAGUUUUUUUUUUUUUAUUUUUUUUAAAUAAUUUUAAUAGUAUCAAAGAAUACUUUUGAGGGCACAACUUCCUUUAAAACCUUCUCGCUUAGCUUUAAUGAUUCAUUUCUGAACUACAUAAAUUGUACAAAUGAAUUGUCCGCCAAUCCCUUCUUGUUAAGCUUAUACCCAAAAAACAAAAGGAUUUGAAAAAAACAAUUAUAUCCAGACAGUAAGAAAAGCCUUUCCUUCUAUUCACUUCGCUCACACUAUAAUUUGACAAGGCUGAUUUGAAUUAUUUUAUGGAGAGCAUACGAAUGGAUUUCAAUUUUAAGGAGUAGACAGUUUGUUACUUGCUUGUGUAAGUAAAAGAACUACAAAUAAUUAAAUGAUCAUUGCAUGAUCUGGUUCUUCAAGGAGUGGAACUUAACCCGGCUCAAUUAUCUAACAAUGAUUUCGGUUGAAUCAAUGAAAACAAUUGAUCACGAGAAUUUGAUAAAAGAAGUCAGCCAAAUAUAUGAAAGACGGUUAAAGUUCUCUAUCAAAAGAAAAGGAAAAGGUAAAGAAACAAAAUGAGCAUUUGUAAAGUUUUUAAGUUUCAAAUGGCUUUUCUGUAAACAACUACUGCGACUGGAAUAUAUAAAUUAAUAUAAUUGGCAGUAAGAUACUUAACCACUAAACGUCUCAUGAAUUCCUUUUUAUUUCAAAAGGGCAAAAAAAGUCAGAGGGGGACAAUUGGGUGAAAUAUAGAAGCGCAUGGGUGUUAACAUAUAAGCUUUACUUGCUCUCAGAAACGGUAAUUAUAAUUUUAGCCAAAUAGAAUAAAUCCACUCGACCAGAGUCUCUAGUAUAUGGUAAGUCUAUGCCGGUAGGUGGUUUCCCCCUUUCCACGACCUCAACGCUAGGACCACGGCAGAUCAUAUCCAUUUAAGGUAAAUUAGUGCUUCACUGCUCCUUACUGUCCACGCAACAGAAAUGAUGCCUUCACGUGAGGACAAAGUGUAUAUUAUUUGCACAAGAGGGAGCGGCAUUUCUUCAGUUAAUUCAAGAUGGUGGGAGAGCAACACCUUCCGUUUGUCCUCUACGCAAUUUUUACUGCUGUGCUUCUUAGUGAAGGAAGUCAAGGUAUAUUGGAUAAUUUUUUGUUUAUUAAGAAUAUGAGCUCUAACAUGCUAAUAUUUGUCGGCAAUUUUCUUCAGCAAAAUAAUGUGGAAGUUUCAUUUCGAGUAAGGUAGAAGGCAUUGGAGGUGGGGCACGCACGGAAAUAGGAAGGUCCUGAAUACGACCUUAUACUCAAACGUUAAGGACUCUACCUACGCUCAGUGCGUGUAACCUUUCAUAAAUCUACCAAACGCAAUAGCCCAGAGGUAACAGGGGGCUAUUUUAGUCUAAAAAUUUAUCAUUCUUUUACAGAAGUCAUUUUCAAAGCUGGAAAAAUCAAUGCAACUACCAGGAACCCAGGGUUGUUCGCGUGUGAGAAAAUCACAUUCGCUAAACCGUUCUCUGGUGGAAAGCAAGUGAAAGUAUUUGCCUCGUCUGGGCACUCAGUGAACAGCCAAACCCGUGGUAAUGGUGCUGCUAUUUGGGUGGAAUCAGUAGAUAUAACUCAAUUCCGCGCUUGCAUCUACGAGUACAGCAACGGCUCAAAUACAACUGCUGAGAUAAACUGGAUUGCCCUACAAUUUGCCCCUCCGGGGGCACAACUAGGAACCACUUCCUUGGGCUCUUGGACUACCGGAACAGAAUGUAAGAAGAUCUACUUUCCUUAGGUUAGUUUAAUUUUCAAAAGAAUAUGUUCACUGUACAAAGUAACGUGAUUGAUUACAAAAAGGAAGAAUCCAGAACGGUCAGACAAAGUGGUCUUGCAAGAUGAACAAAAUAACGAUAUGCAUAAGGUUACUAGUCAUUUGGAGAAAAUUUCUAUUAAUUAUAGUCUGGAAAUGUAUCAUUUCUUCGAGUUCUCAGAAAGAUGUAUAUCAAAAGAGACUUUUUCCUAUGAUAAAACCAUUGAAUGAACAAGAUCAGUUUGUUAAUACAUCCUUCUCCCUUUUUCUUUUGCUGCAUUUUGGUUGUUUGUUUUUGGGACGCCCAGUGUUACGGCUAAGUCAUACGGGCAGUUAAAUGUAUUAGAGGAGAAGGUAGGAUAAGUUGUUUUGAUUCGCCAAUUAAAAGUUGAUUGUUGGUGUGGCUCCCUGCUAAUCGCACUCGGCCUUUGCCACACAAAUGGAACUUUCAUCUUGCCGUUGAACAGCCAAAUCCGAUUUCGUUUUGCAAUAAAGGACAUUCUUGGAUUCUUGACAGAUGACACUCUAAAAUAAUAUUAUUGUCAAACAUUUUCUUUGGCUCAAACGCAAAGAACAUAAUGCAUACCUCCUUUGAUGUUGAAAAACGUUGUCCUUAUCGUUCAGCAUGCCAUUAUUUGUUCAAACUCUGGACGUGUGUUCACUUCUGUAGAAUCAUUUUCCUAUCCGACAGAACUUCUUUAACAUUAUAUAACAGACACAUAAUGAUCGAUUUGCAACGCAUUUGAAUAAAGAAAUAUUAAGCACAAAUAAUCUUUUGGUUGUCAGUACGCUCUAACUUGAUCGAAGUUUUUUUUUUUUUAUGCGUGGAAUAACCUACCAAUCCGUGCAAUUACCAAUUCACGAACUCUCGCAAUGACAAUACGAGCCACAAAGAAAGCGAAAAGUCGUCUAACACACCUUUCCCUGCCCCCUCCAACCAUAAGACAACGGUUAUGUAGGACUCCAGGGUGUAUUAAACUUAACCAGCCAACCUUUCAACACCAACCCCCACUAUUCCGAAGAGUGAUGUGCUCUUCAUGAACUACACUUAUACCUACCUAUAUAAUUCGUCAUAUACUGACACUUGCAUUGACAUAUAACAAGUCUUAAAUAUAAACAAUGAAACAUUGGCCUUUAAAAUGGUAAAGUUAGUUUCCAAUUGCUAUCUUACCUAUUAGUUUAUAAAACAAUAACACGAAAGGCAUCAAACAUUGUUUAAAUUGCUGUAAAUUUUCAGUUAAAAUAAAUUUAAUUUAGAAAUAUUAAGGUUGCAAAACAAAGAGAUUUUACAGUCAGUCACCGUGUAUGAUUUAUUAUUUUUGGCCUUUCCUUUGUUAAAGAAUUUGAUAAAGUUGUUCUUCAAGCGCGGUGUGCGAGCCGGUACUUUACGGAAAUACUUUCUAGCUCUCAUUUUCUUGUGUGUGUGUCACUUUCCUCUGUCUAGAAUUUUCAGUGCUCUUUUAUUUGUAAUUCGGAAAAAAUUUUCUCCUUAUUUUUAGCACUAUAAUAAUAUUAUAGUAUUAUUAUUAUUAUUGUUGUUGUUAUAGUAAUAUUAUUAUUUGUUCAAUUUUAACUAAUCCAUUUUUCUUCUGUUUUUUAUUUAAAGCGUUUUUUGACCUCUCCAACUUUACUUGCAACUCCAAGUCACCAGUUUCCUGAGAGACCUCAAGACGCCAUGGCAGUCUGGGUGGAGGAAUUGACUGGGGACAGUUUCAAAAUCUGCCUCAGGGAAGUAAAGAUUUUCGACGGACUUCACAAAGGCAUUGCUAUUGUGAGUUUGAAAUUUGAAAUUGCUUUUCAAAGAUGUUUUAAGAUUUCCAUUCAAUUAUUUUUUCUGCAAUGAGCUGCCCAAAGACGCUUAUUUGCUCUUAAGUUUAUCAUAAUCACAACAAAAAUGGUCGAAGUUAUCAUAGAUUUGUAAAAUUCUUACGUAUUAAGUUAUAGCAAAAAAUAAAUAUGCCAAAAUUUUAAGUCCAGUAUUUCUUUUUAAUAUGUAAUUUCGAAUUUGGUAAAACAUUGAAGCAAAAAUACAUUCCCCAAGUACAUUUCUGUUACCAUUUACUGCUUUGGAGCUUUCAGCAGGAACGCUUUCUAGCUUGAACCUUAGUAUGAGUAAUUAAACGAUUUCAUGAGCUAUAUUUUAGUACUCGUUUAAAUGAAUUGAAAUCAGGUUCCUUCUUCCGUAAAACUUUAGUGUUAUGCAGACCGCGGGGAAGGGGCUUUUGCCAGGCUCCAAACUUAAGGUUCAUGCUUAAUGAGAACCAAGCUUAGCGAUCUUUCUAAAACUUGUCUGGAAACAUUUGUCCCCAGUGUCAAAAUGUCCUCUGCCACCGAUUGUUGACAGCCAUAUUUUGCAAAAUUUGGAAUUUUCACUUUCAUGCGUUUUUUUUUCUUUUUUUCUAGAUUUUCUGAUUGACGUAAAUGAUAAAAAGAGUUUUAAAGGGAAAUUGUAAAAAUGCAAUCAAGGUUUUUGGGGCUCUUAUUUGAUAAAAGAUGUGGAUUUGAAGAAAAUUAAUGUACAGAAGGUUGAGAAUACUUUUCCAAGAAUGUUCAUUUCCCUCUGAAUUUUAUUGCUGGCACAUUAAGUUUGCUUUCAGAAUAUUCUUCUACACACAAAUAAGCAAAACAAAUACAUUUAACUUGCUCAAAAUCAAUCAAACAGUGAAAAUGUAUUCUUCAAAUAUCCUAAGGGUGUCUAUUUAAGAUCAGCAAUUCAGGUACAGUGUUCAGUUAGAUUUGUUUGAAUUGACAGCAAGAUAGACUCUGUAAUAUCGGUAAGGCUUAUCGCUACGAAAUUGUUAGAAAUAUUCUUUAGUGGGACAAGUGUCUUCAGCCUUCCCUUAAUGACACGAUAGUGGAGUUGAAUUCGAACACUCCAUCGACGAAACUGGAUUGAAAUGCUCUCAUUUCUUACAGAUGCACGCCCGAUUGAAAGUUCCAGUUCCUCCUGUUCAUCAUGCUGUCACUUCUGUUGUUAAGGGCAUUAAUCAGGGUUAGCCUACUUGGCAAUUUAAUUAGACACCUUCCCAUUUAAGUGUUGUCUAUUAUAUUCAAGCUGAAGUCACAUUACAUAAUUUUGUCGGUCAGUUUAUCUCAAGAUGUUAGAUAUGUUGAGCACAUUAUUAUGAUGCGGUUUUUAAGUUUUAGGGGGCGUGCUGCUAACUUCCCCCCCUUCAGCUUAAUAGCGGACACCUGAUUUAGUAACAUCAUAUGGCAAAGACGGCUUCAAAUUUCUAAAAUAUGAUUUGUUUCCUCAUUGCUCCAGAACUGGAUGGCUUAUACAAACCUCAGUGUUGGAAACUUCACAUUAACUGACAGUCUCUUGUUUACAAAUUAUAACUUGUUGUCUCAGCAAGCUAACUACGACUUUUGCCAGGUAUGAAAGUAAAUUGUUAUGUUUGUAAAUGGAGCACUGAAAUUUAUUUUCAUUAAGAAAAUCGAAGGCAGGAUGAUGUUCCUUUUUAGCAGAACCAAUAAACAACUAAUCCUAGUCGUUCUGAGUAUUCUGCAUUGUGCAUUAAUUCAUGGAGUUAUAGUCUGUGAAACAAGUCGAAACUUGCCUGUUAAAGUCAUUUGUUCAUUUUACUUAUUAUUCGCAUGUUUUGCCAUUCAAGUUGUUUGUAACAAGCAUAUUUAUAUUGAUAUUCUGUUUGUAAACAGAAUAUCAACUUUACAGAUCAAUUCUAUGCUCCUCCUGUUGUGAUAGUGACUGCAAAAAGCAUCAACAACGAUUCGCGUUUGUCUGGAUGUAACGCAAUCACCGCUUGGGUAGAGGUAAAAUUGUUUUACAAACUUGCAGAUAGCAAAAGAUUAAUUUAACGUUGAAUCUUAAUAAAUAUGAUCAAUCCAUGCAGUGAUAAAAGGAAAGAAAUCCCAUAUUGAAGGGAAAGACGUAAAGUGUAAGAAAAUCUUUUCACAAGGUUUAACGCCUCGCUAGUAUCUGUUAUUGGUGGUUUUCACGUGACAUCAUCAAAACUCAUACAAAUUCAUCAGUUAUAGAGCGGCACAACCCAUAUUUUUACAAACUGUUUGUUCGAAAGGGCUCUUUGUUUUGUCAGUGAUAAAGUGCACUGUUAAUUUUUAACCUUUUGCGUGACGCUGCAUUUGAAGGAUCUGGAAGGGCCUAGAAAACUGUGAUUUGGGUUAGAAAAUUGUCUCCCUUUUUUUGAGAUUGUUCCAUCGCAAAAACAGACAUUUUUGUUGGUUUCUGACCUCUAUAUUGGUGUCCCUCAGAGGAACAACAACAUCAAGCUCUGUAAAUUUGGGAAAAAAAUUGUAUCAGUAUUUCCGCAUAACAGGAAAUAUCACAAAGGCCUGAGUCCUUGUAAAGGUUGUUUAAAUAUAUAUAUUUAUCUUAGCUUCUUUCAUUUCCCAGAUUCUGGACUUUCUUUAUCACACAGAAUCGAUUUCCAUUUUUGAUGGAGUGACAGUGAUAACCGGUUCAAAGGAAUUGGAGGACGAAAAAAAUGUUCAAACCAAAUCAACUUUUUUUUAGCAGAUACGAGUCCUCUUACUAAUUCCUAAACAUUCAAACAAGUUUUUAUAUCUGUGGUUAAUCGUGCAGUUUUCGUAAAAGUUUCCCAUUACCUUUACGUUUUGAUCGUUUGUUUAGUAAAUUUUUCAACACUGCUUUCGAGUAAUAAUGUUAUUACCAAUCUCGAUUUUCUACCCUUAGUACACGUCCACCGCAAAAACAGAGAUUUGUGUUCGAGUCUAUGAAACCAAGAGCAAGGAUACCAUAAAAGUCGAUUAUCUAAUUACUGGAGGUAGGUAUAUCACCAAGUAAUGUAAUAAUCGGCCACUAAUGUAUUACUAACCACUAAUGUAAUAAAAAAGUUAACCACUGAUGUGAUAACAUUCUAACCUUUAAUGUAAUAAAAAACUUAACCACUAAUGUGAUAACUUUGCGACCAUUCAUGAAACAAACUCAAAGAGAACAGCUAAAUUAAAUUGUUGGUUUUUUUUUGAGAUUAUUAGGAUUUAGAAGAUCAUACAGUGCACGGCAAAAAAAAUAAUCAUACGACCUCCUGCUUUGAUGUCAAGUAAUGCCGUUUCAGCGCAAUAAGUCAUUUAGGACUUGUUCCAUACACUUGUCCCCUUUUACUUGAAGAAUUUAAAAUCUACUUCUCUUGAAUUAUUUCUUAGCUAAUUUAGGCUCUAGUGUAAAGACUAAUAUUGUCACGUUGUCUCGUUAACACUAACAGAUCCGUUAGAUAGAAGAUCGGUGUUUAAUUCAUAAGUGUCAGCUCAACAUGAAUUCCUGAUAAUAAGAAUGAUAACAUCGAUCAUUCACCUCACUAUUUUCCUCUUUCUCUCCCUCGCUAUUUUCGGUAAAAUUUCAUUGAAAUUAAAGUAAAAGCAAAAAAAAAAAAAAACAGCAUGAACAACAACAAUACUCUUAUAGACCAAAUCCAAAUCUCGGUAUAAGCACUUUCCGUUAGAUAUAUUAUGUACACAAAAUUAAUGAUAAUUAUGCAUCUUUUGUUUUACACAGACCUGGAUCCUUGUAUAGAUGGCGUACACUGUGAUUAUCAUGGUCUAUGCAAAGCUUUUGGGCCAUACGAUGCCCGCUGCGUGUGUAUAGACAGUUGCCCAUCUUAUCAAGAGCCUAUCUGUUCUUCUAACGGAACGACGUAUGACAACAAGUGUCUCUUUAAGCAGGAAAUGUGUUUGUUACAGCUGAACUUUACUGUGCAGCAUCCUGGGAGCUGUGAAGGUAUCAGUGAUCUCGUAAUUUAUGGUAUCAAUUGCCAUUUAAUUUUAUCACCCAAAUUAACAACCCCUAAAAAAAGAAACGUCAAAAAGUCUUCACUAACAACGUAUCGAUAUCACAUCUUCUGAAUCUCUAUCAUCAGUACCAGUUGAAAUUCGUUUUCAAGGUAUAAACUGGUUAUUAAAGCGAAGCUGAUCCCUGAACAUAUUUCUAUAGCAAAAGCACAAACGAGGAAAUUUUACGGUGACACGAUUUAAUUAAAGGAAAAAAAUGCGUCGUUUUAGUAACGUAAAAUGUGAAAAACUGAGGUCAUUUAGUAAGGUGAACAGUUUAUGACUUUAAAAAUAUUUAUAAUCUUGUCUAAAGAGGAGCUCGACACAAAUCGCCUCAUCAUAACUCGAACUCUCUCAUUCUUUUUUUUUCUUCUUUACAUUUGCAUUUUUGUACUACUUUGCAGGGUUCCCAUUUCAGCGUGACCGGCGUCACAUGCCUCAUAUACCUUCCUUGGGAUACUCUCACUGUGAAGUAAUUGGUUUCCGACCAUUUGUGUUCUACCCUGAUAAACCCGUUCAAGUGCAGGUAACUGUCAAUCACAUCGAUACAAGGGACACGAAUUACGUCCACGAUGCUGCUGUGUCGUGGAUUGAAGAUGUGACCUACGAACAAUUCACUGCGUGCGUGAUGGCGGCUGGUUGCAACGAGCGCAGGUCCCGUGCUAAUGUGUCCAUAGACUGGAUAGCUUAUCAAGGAGCCCCAGAAGGUGGGAUCAGU